AACGACACGAAAUUUUCAUACUUUGCCCAGUCUUCGGAAUGUGAAGGUCCUCGCUCGUGUGUUUUGUUGCCCUUUUACCGAUAUAGCUAAAACAUAAAAUCAAAUCAAGUCUCCAAAAACAAUACAAACCUGAAUGAAAUUGAAUAGAUACGCAAGUGCAAGAAAUACGGCAAAUUGAUCGAAUUAAUGCCAACUGAAAAUAGUGCAGCAAAAAUGCACAGCAAUUUGGAUUUGGUGUCAAGAGGUUAGGAAACUCAGGCCCGUGAGCACGUAGCAGAAAAACGCAGCUGUAACGAGGGAAAGGAAAACCGCUAGGAGCAACAAAGGACAGGAAGAGCAGGAACACAUUCCGAUUCCACAAGGGGAGGAGCCGAGGAAAGCAGGCCAGGAUGGGCGACUAUCACGAGUUCACGGACCAGUACAAGGUGCCGGUGAUAGCGAAGCUACUCCACGCCCUGCCCCACUACAACAUCACGUUCCACAAGAUCAACAGCACGUUCCGACCCAACGAUGAGAUCUACUUGGAGAGCCUGGGCAUUCUGGGCUCGGUUCCGGCUGCCCUGCUGAUCGUCUCGUUGCUGGGACUGCUCUUCUAUCUGAUGACCCGCUGCUGUGACCGGAAGCCGCGGCCAGCGCACUCGAUCACCAGCCUGAAGGUGGCACUGUCCAUCGUGACGGUGAUGUGCUGUGCGGCGAUUGGAUUGGGAUUGUACGGGAAUGAUGAUCUGCACAACGGACUGCUGGAGGUGCUGACGGCGGGCAGGAAGGUGGACAAUCUGGUCACGACCAUCCGGAAUCAGACGCACAUCUUGGAGAACACGCUGACGAAUCGCAUACGGCCGCAGCUGGUGGAACUGGCGGACAUCUUCGAUCAGCCAGUGUCGAAUCAAACGGCCCUCUCUAAGCUCUUUGUGUCGCUCAAUAUUGUCCAGGGAAAUGUUACCCUAGCCACGAAUGCGGCCAGCGAUAUCCGACGACCCCUGAUGGGCAUCUCCAUGACUCACUUCCUGACGCGCGGAGACCAAUGGGAACUGAUCCGCUGGCCGGGCACGGUGGCCACCUUGGCCCUGCUCCUUGUGUUGUGUGCCGUAUUGCUGGUGGGCGUGGCCCGGCACUCGCGUUGCGCCCUAAUCCUGUUCAGCGUGUGUGGCUUGCUAGCCGUUACCGGUUCCUGGCUAAUGUCCGGUCUGUAUCUCUCCUCCUCGGUGGCUGUCGGCGAUCUGUGUAUUUCGCCAGCGGAUUUCCUGGUGUCCACGGCUCCCAGGGACCUGCCCACGAAUGUGCUGCUGCACUACACCCAAUGCGAGCCAGGUCACACGAAUCCGUUUACCCAACGCCUGAGGGAAUCACAGAACUCCCUAAACAAUGCUCGCAGUGCCAUGGCCACAGUUAUGAAGAUAUCGCUGGUGCUCUUCAAAUCCUCGGGGCUGCAGCCCAAGUUGGGUGCUGUGAAUGCCGAUCUGAAUAGCAGUGAGAGAUUGUUAACUCAACUGACUGCGCUCGUAGAUUGCAAGGCAGUGCAUCACAAUUUUUUGGCCGCCGCUCGAGGACUUUGCGAGGGAGGAUUGCUGGGACUGGUUCUUAUGCUGAUAGCCAGCUUUAUUGCCGCCAUUUUGCUAACCAUCAUGGUGUGGGUGGACUCGCACACGUGGAUUUAUAUACGCAAACGGAAUGACUAUGCCCAGGUGGAUGAGCCGUCGUAUAUUUCGCAUCCGGCACCGCAGAACCACCAGCAGAUGAUGAACGCCGCCAGGACAUUGCCGCGAAAUCAUAAUGGGCACUUCAGUCCGCCGGUGAUCAGCGGCUCCCAUACGCUCCAGCAUCCCAGCAAGCGCCAGCAGCACGAGAUGAUGGCCCACGCCCACAUCCAGCAGAACAUGCGCGCCAUGGGCACCCACACGCUGGGCCGGCUGCCGUCGCACAACCACAGCCCCACCCACAUGACCGGUCCCAAUAAUGCAGCAGCAGUCGCAGCAGCAGCAAACGCCGCCGCCAACAUGCCGCCGACCACGCAGGCCGCCCAACAGCAACAGCAACAGCAACAGCAGCAGCACCAGGCACAGCAGCAACAGCAGCAGGCACAGCAGCAGCUGGGAGGACCACAGCCCAUCUACUGCCAUCAUCCCCACCAGCAUCCGCAUCCCCAUCCGCACCAGCAUCCGCAUUCGCACUCGGCCGCCGCCGUGGCCGCUGCCGUGCAGCACCAGCAUGCGAUCUACCACCAACAGCAGGCGCAGCAAUAUGGCACCUAUACCACUGCGGCCCACCAUGCACCGCAUCACCUAGGGCCGGGCCAGAGCCAGAUAUACCAGCAGAUUCCGGCGCAUUUGGCGCCUCAACUGGCGGCCAAUGGCAAUCCCCAUUCCAUAUAUCAGCCGCUUGUUGCCGUUAGCCAGGGCUCCAUAUAUGUAUCCAAUUUAGCCACAAUGCGUCGCCAGAACAGCCAGGGCGGCCCACAGAUACCGGCGCACCAGCAUCCACCCAGUUUGCAUCAGCAGCAGCAGCAACCACCGCCCCCCUCGCAGCAGCAGCAACAGCUGCAUCAGCUCAAGUCCCCGCAGCAGCACCAGCAACAGCUGCAGCAGCAACAGCUGCAGCAGCACCAGCAGCAGCAGCACCAGCAGCAGCAACACCAGCAGCAGCAACUUCACCAGCAGCAACAGCAACAUCAUCAGCAGCAACAGCAAAACGAAUCGGAUGUCGUGCCCAUCAGCACGGCCAUGGAUAGCGCCAUUUAUGAUCGGGAUAAGCAGAUCUACAAGUGCUCCACUUUGCGGCAGGGCGGCAAGUUUGAUCCCAAGUACAAGCCAUCGAUCCUCAACUGCCCACUGCCGGAGAUCCCCAAAGAUGCGGAGCAGCCCAAGGUGGAGUCCAUCUACGAGCAGCGUCAGCAGGCUCACCACCAAAACUAUUCCAAGACCCUGCAGCGUCCACCGAUGAAAUUGCCGCCCCAGAUGAAGGCUAUUCCACCGCCGCGCAUAGGCACACCCACCUCGCCGCCCCCGCCCGUCGCCCAGCCGCCGAACGAGGCCAAUGGAGGAGUGCCGUCGGGACUGCAGAACGGAGAAGGAGGAGGCGGUGUAGGAGGAGGAGUAGGAGGAAACGCCAACGAGGACACCUCGCUGCCGCCGCCGCCGCUGGAAGUGCAAACGGAGGCGACAAAGGGCCGAAUGGGAGCAGGACCGGCGGCCAAUGGCAAGGUGCUGCACAAUGGCGGUGGCGUAGGAGUCGUAGCCGGCGGAGGCGGAGGAGCGGUGGACGACGAUGAUGAUCUGCCGCCGCCACCGCCAGCGAUAACCGACGAAAGCAACUAUGCGGUGACGGAGCUGUAAGGUGGUUGCUGCAAAAACCACAACACCCAGUGAAGGCAGGCAGGACAUAUAAGACAGGAAUUGGUCAGGACUUGGGAUUGGGGCGUCUUCCUAGAACUCGGAUGUAGGAUAGAUAAACAUAUAUCGAGGGAAUUGGGGAAAUGGGAAAAUGGGGAAAUGGGACUAAUUAUUGCUGGAGCGGCAAGUAUUCCUUCUUGAUUUGUUGCAUUUAACGUACAUUUAUCGUAUCGUAAUCGUAUCCUAGACCGGAGUCCUGCGUUUCGUCCUUUGUACAUACUAUACACCGAACUAUACCCGAACAUUCCAAGGAAGUCGACAUGAAUUGACAUGGAUUGGAACACAGAUACUAGACACCCGCAGACAGACAGAUGGACGGACGGACACAUGUAACAUAUAUCAGCGAUCUAUUACUUAUAUAAAUAUAUAUAUAUAUAUAUAUAUAUAUCCAUUUAGGACACGGUUAUUCCUUUUUGAUAAUAGCAUAUUUUUACCAAUUUUAAAGCGCUAAAUUGUCAGAAAGAAACCAUUUUACGGGGGCUAACUUAUUGUAUUAUACAACAUUAAUCUACGAAAAUAUAUAAAUUGUAUAUCCUCUACAACAGAAAACAGAAAACAGCAAAAUGAAAAUGAAAACCAUACCGAAAACGAAAGACCGACACUUGAACCUAAAAAGCAACCACCAAAUAUUCAAAUCGAGUUCGGAUCGUAGGUCAUAAGUUCUAGAAUCGAACUGUAGUAGAAAAGUUAGAAAAGAUUUUUUAGGCACUUGUCGGGAGUCAAUUUUUAAGUAGAAAACGGGCAACUGAAUGGAUGGGCAAAUGGGCGUGGCAGGUUCUAACUAGCUUUUUGGUUUGGAUAAUAAAUGUUUUUACUUGUAAGUGCGAACUGCCAACGGAAUCCAGACAAAAAUAUUUAAGAUUAGAAUAAAUUAAUACAUCUUACAUCAAAAGUCGAUUUCUGAGUCUGGAGACUUUUGUGACACCACUCAAUAACUUUUUUUGUUUCGUUCGGUUUAUAUAACUAGCUAACGAACUUUCCUCAAACUUCUACAAUAGCAAUACACAUAUGUGAUAACUUUUAGUCAUUCCGAUUUUCGAAAGACCUAUGUUUAUUGGCCAUACUCACUCGCAAACACUUUUCAUGGCCUAAGUUCCUGACUGACUGCAUUUAUACCUACUCCUAAAUAAAUGUUCACAAAUCGAACAAAUUAAAAUUAGCAAUGCUAACAUGAAAACACUCCCUACUUUACGUUGCAAGCGAAUCGAAUCGAAUCGAACCGAACCGAACCGAUGUGACCUCGAGUAUGCCAAACCUACAUUAGUUGAAGGACUUAGAAUUAUUUAAGCACCCAAGGACUCGUACUGCUACUGUUAAGACGCCGAGCCCGGCCACUGCCCAUCCCCGGCCACAGCCAUUCAGGGGAUCCCCCGUUUAGUGCUCGACUCUGUCCUGGGUCUGGGUUGUGCUGCGGACGAUCCCCCCCCCCCAUAACUGGACGGGAUCGUCCGGGACUGGCGGGCUGAAUCGGAUCGGAUGGAGGAUUCGAGCCCGCGAUUUUAUUGUGUAUUUAACCUAAGCUUAACAUGGAAUGCAUUUAUUAAACCUAAACUUAAACGAAGAUAUAUGUAGAUACUUAGUGGGCUAACUGUAUAUUUAGUAGCUAAACAAAAGGCAUGCAUAGUACUAGCUAACUAGCGUAAACCAAACAAACUGUAACCCAAUAGACGAGAGAUGAACAAUUUGGACUUGGUAUGAAACCGAUAGCAAUGCAAAACUAACACAAUGUACUGCCCCCCCUCCCCCAAAAGAACAAGACAACAAAUGAACAAAACAAGCCGACGAACUACAAAGUUAUAUAGAUAUGUAUACACACGCGAUAUAUACACGAAUAGAUAUUAUAAAAUAGUUAUAGACAAGAUACUUAAGCCUAUCGACAACUAUAUACCAGCGCAACUCACAGCAAGCAUAAUCGAAGCAUUUUUGAGCGAAUCCCGGAGGGCAACUUCCAACUUCCGGUGGACGCCAAGUGGCCAACCAACUAAGUCGCACCCGAACACUGCCCACACAGCAAAAGUUCUCAACUCAACAUUUACUAGCCAUAAUAUACAUACACCUAAAUACCUAACGAACCCCAAACUAGAGCGAACUCCCAUUGAAAUGAUCAACUGUAAGAUAUUAACAAUCGGGCACUCGGAUCGAAAUUGGCUAGAAACGGAAACGAAAUCGCAAGACAUGGGCGGCAUUUUUAAAGUAAAUAUGUAAAGACGCUGUAAAGAGAACGGAGCAAACUAAUCGAGUUUUUUAUUCGCUUAUUAUACAAUUACCAGUUAUAAAAACAAACGAAAAUACGAAAAUACAAAAAAACAAAAAUACAAAAAUGCAAAAAUACGAACAAAUCGAACAAACAGUCUUCUCAAGGGGCCCUUCCACACAAAACCGAAUCGAAACUGAAUCCUUUAAGGAUCCAAUUCAAGGAUUCCGAUUAACAGAAUAACAGAUGCGAAAGCCGCGAAGGAGCCCCUUGGGAGGCAAGGUUUUGGUCAUGGGAGUUCCGAGCCCAGAUCGGAGCUCCACCUACACGUACAUAUAAAUAUAACACAAUUAGUUCGUAAAUAUAUUUCUGUGUUAAAUGUUGUCAUCGUACGCGUUGUAGUUAUUACAAAAGAAAAUCCCUAUGAAUAACGCAAAACAAGUGGGCCGAACUCCUCGAAUUACCCAAAAUCCGAGAAAUGGCCAGCUGGAGAUUCCAAACGAAAUUCGCACAUUUUUUUCAAAGGCUCGGCGGCAGCAGCAAUAAGACGAGAGAAGAUCGAGUUGUACAACAUAUAUAUAUAUAUUUAAAUAUAUAGUAUGCAUAGUUAAAGCAAAUGUAAAGAACAGAGGCAUAAAUCGAAGCGCUUAGUGGCAUAUUAAUAAACGAGUAAAUGUACCACAAAGGCGAUUCUAGCGAAUCGCAAGAACAGUUUAAAAAUUCUUGUAAGAAGUACGAAAUACAAAAAUUAACUAAUAAGUGUGUUCCAGAAACCACUUUUGCCCCGUCUGCUUUUCGGAACUGUUCCGAUGAGCGGCAGAAACCAAAUUUCUGGAAUGAAAACAUAUUUUAUGCGAAAAAUCGAAAUGGGUCGGCGGGUCGACGAAAAGCGCGCAGUCAAGAGGAAUUUCUUUCAAAAGCAAAUAGCGGCAAAGUAAAGCGCUAAA